AUGCGUUUGAAGACCGCUCCGGUUCUAUUAUGUUCCGUAUUGCUUGCCCUCUUAGGACACAUUCAUGGUGUUUCUGCUAUUUUUGGAGGCAAGAAGUCAGAAUCCAUUAAAUUUGAGAACGUUACGAUAACAUCAAACAAUACUAUCUCCAAUAUCGAUGGUCCCACUACUGUGAUAGAGACACUUGAACCACCGUCAAUACUUGUAGUAGACAAGACACCGUCGAGACCAGUUACUGGAUUUCUGUAUAAACUCUCAUAUAACUGCACAACUGGUUCUGGCACCACGACACCCCCCAAAAUAUACGACAAUAGCAUCGCUUUAAUUGAUAAUGACGGUUGUCGUUCUGAUGCUAUCAGUUAUGCAGAAAGGCAGAACGCCAAUGGGGCAAUUAUCGUUAUUCGGGCGGGUACUGGGGAAAUUUACUCGAAAAUUACAAUAUAUCCGUCUCCUAAUAUCCCUACGUAUCAGAUCGCGUCCCCCUACGUAGACAAGCUUACUAACAUUCUCAAUAGUAUGCAAAAUGGUGGACUUACAAAUGAUUCGAGACCUGUCAGACAGAUAAGGGUUGAUAUGGAACCAUCUUCAAAGGGCUUCCCUGGGAUAUGGGAGUUUACCCUGAUUGUGGUCGUGGUACUAUUUGCAGUAACAUGUGCAACAUCAGUUGCUAUGCACUGUCAUCUUUACCGCCUACGCCGACGCCAGCGAUCUCGAGAUUUGGCUGCACACACAAGCCGUCCAUAUGGCUUGAAAAUCUUGAGCCUUACUCACGAGAUGUUGGAUAAAUUACCCGAUGGGCAAAAUUCCGGGCUGAUGGAUAUGCAAAAGGAUGGGCAAGUGGAUAUACAAAAGGCUGACGAGGGAAUGGAAAACAAAGAUAUAGAAGAACCUGAGAGAGAAAAGGGGGUCGGUGAGCAUCUGGAUGACAAUAAACCAGAAAAAGAGCAGACAUUAUUUGUUGAAGUUAAUAGCGAGCGGAUAACAGAUAGUGAUAAAGAGGAUCAAACAUCCUCGCAGAUUUCGCCUGCACCUUCUUCUCCUUUGGCCGAAUCUUCGUCCCGGUUACCUUCGAAAUCCGAAACCUUACCCUCACGUCGCAUAUCCAUGCGAUCAAUUCGGUCGACUCGGUCAACUAAAUCCGAACGUUCGCUUCGUGCUGUUGCUUCAGCGUCUGCGUUGGCGAGUGGUCAGGGUGUAAGCGGUAGCGGCGUUUCAGAAGAUGGUCAGGGAUACUCGGAGACAUGUGCGAUCUGUUUGGAAGAUUUCGGUGACGGAGACGAGUUGAGACAGUUACCUUGUGGGCAUGAAUAUCACAAAGAAUGUGUUGACCCUUGGCUAUUAGAGAAAUCGUCUCAAUGUCCGCUCUGCAAACGUGAUUGCUUUCCGGAUUCUUCUCCCUUGUCCUCUAAUGCUUCGCUUCCACAAUCUGCCUUUGCAUCCAUUUCGUCUGCCAAUAAUGUUUACAUUUCAGCCAUGCUCUCGUGGUCUCCGAUUGUGUCUCUAGCUCGCUCGCUUCGUAAAGUACGUAAUGUUAUACGGCGAAGGCGCAACGUCAGGUGGAUGGCAAAUGAAGUAGAAAAUGAUGAGAGGUUGCCCGAACCUGUUACCGCUGUGCCGUCGAGUGGAGAGAGGAGCGUGACAUCAGAGUCGAGAAGGGGCAGUGAGGAUUAUAGAAAUGUUAGAGCAGAAAGCAUAGACAAUAAUGCGGGAGAAGUAAGAAUUGGAGUGUUAUAA